AUGCCCCCGCCAAAAUCCACCUACGGCCUCAACCUCCCCAACAAAAAACCCCCCGGCGCACUCGGCCAAAAGCGCAAGAAGACAAUUUUCGACGACUCCGACUCCGACGAGACAACGCAAAACCAAGAUGGCGCGAUAGAAAUCGGCACAAUCGGGGGCCUCGACGAUGAGCCAGCCCCCACAAAACCAGCCCCAUCAGGACUAAGCAUCAAACCCAAAUCCAGCACAUCCUCGCAACCACCACCGCCGAAACGAAAAGUACCGUUCAAUGGCGCCAGCGGGAGCGGAAAACCGAACGUGAAGCCUCUCAGCAAAAAGUCGAUAUUUGCGGACGACGACGACGAAGAUGAAGACGGUGGGAAUGAUGAGGAACAAUUAGGGAUUGGCGGACCGGGAAGCGGAUCAUAUGGCUUGAACACCGCGAAAGGACAGACCCAGAAAAAUGACACAAAGGCCUACACGAACCUAUCGGCCCUUCACAGCAGUCGCAAACACGCCCAGGAAGCCUCAGAGCUCGAUCCCUCGAUAUACUCCUACGACGCCGUGUACGAGAGCCUCCACGCCAAGCCGGAGAAGAGCAAAGCCGCGGAGCAAGGAUCCGGCGACGUACCGCGGUACAUGACGAGUUUGCUGCGCAGCGCGGAGAUCCGUAAGCGGGAUCAGCUACGGGCUCGGGACCGAUUGCUCGCGAAGGAGCGCGAGGCCGAGGGCGACGAGUUCGCGGACAAGGAGAAGUUCGUGACGUCGGCGUAUAAGGCGCAGCAGGAGGAACUGCGGAAGGUGGAGGAGGAGGAAGCGGAGCGGGAGAGACAGGAGGAGGAACGACGGAGGCAGAACGGUGGGUCCGGCAUGAUUGGGUUCUAUCGGGAUGUGUUGUCACGGGGCGAAGAGCGGCACGAGGCCGCCGUGAAGGCGGCGGAGGAGACGGCUCGGAAGGUGCAGGCGGGUGAGGUGCCGGCAGAGACGGAGACUGAGAGCAAGGAGAAGACGGAGGCGCAGAAGGCGGCUGAGCUGAAUGAACGGGGCGCGCGCAUCGCGGUGAACGAGGAGGGCCAGGUGGUUGAUAAGCGACAGUUGCUAUCUGCCGGUCUGAACGUGGCGCCGAAACCGAAGGUGCAGGGCGAGGCUGCCGCCGCGAAGACGGCUCGUCCGGCGGCUCGACCAAGAUUCGACUCCGGCCAGCAGUCGGGCGGCCGGGCUGGUCAGCGCGCGCGCCAGACGGAGAUGAUCGCCGCGCAACUGGAGGCGCAGGCCCGGCAGGAAGAAGAGGCCGAGGCGGCCAGACAGAAGGAAAUCGCCGAGCGCAGCCGCAGCCAGAAGACGGCGACCGACGUUUCGAGUGCCAAGGAGCGAUACCUGGCGAGAAAGAGGGAACGAGAGGCGGCCGCCAAAGGGGGCGCAUCUUCAUGA